GUUUUGUAGGUUUCUCCUUUUUUGGAUAACAACUUAAUAGCCCUUUAAUUUUAAGUGUUUUUAGAGAAUGGAUGGAUGGAUGGACCCAAAAGCAUUUCCACAUUCUUAAACAGAAGGUGUGAUGAAAGUGUGUGUUGUAUCUAUUAAUCAGAUGAUUGUGAGUCACAGGCUAUUUGAGAAGAAAACAGUUUAAAAAGAGUGUAAAAGACUGGUUGACCUGCCAUGAUCCCAGCUGUAACCCCAGUGGUGUCAGUGUGUGUCUGUCUGUGCUGCUUUGAGUGGAAACACAAUGACGUACUCCACUACUGAGGCCUGUGAGUGUGUGUCUAUCUUGUUUGUUCACAAUGAUAGUUUUUGUUGUUAAAAACAAAAGCCAUUAUGACUGUCACAAGUGCUUCUUUUUCUGACCACAAAACCUCAAACACACAUGAAAACGCCCAUACCCCCCCACCCAAAUCUCUCCCUGACACCAGGCUACUCGGGAGAGAGAGAGAGAGAGCGAGGGAGGGAAAGAAGGAGAGAAAGAAGCGAGGGAGGGAGAGAAGCAGCUUAAGCGAUGCAUUUUUUCUUCCUUGAGGUGGUCAGUGGAGUGUAUCCGAAGAAAGAAAAAGAAAUUACCUCCUUCAGUUUAGACAUCACUGCAACAGAGGACAGAAAUCUCUCUGGAGUGAGCGGACAAGCAUCUGCACGGCUCUCUCCUGGCGUGGGUUCGACUCAGCAGUGUCGAUGUUUCCAGUGAAACAGCCGUGGUUGUGUAAAGCACUAGGUUGCUAUGACUGCUGCAUCCGCUGCCUGGGCGCCGUGCCCUACACCAGCCUGCUGGCCACCCUGCUCUGCUACACCGGUGUGGCGCUCUUCUGCGGGGGAGGCCAUGAGGCGCUCACUCACACACACACAUUCAUAGAGCUCUACUUCGCAAGGGACGUCCAGGAUUUCAUUGUGAUGGCAGACUUUAUAAAAUAUUUCCAGUAUGUGAUCUACGGUCUGGCCUCCUUCUUUUUCCUCUAUGGACUGUUGCUUUUGGCUGAAGGUUUUUACACCACCAGUGCAGUAAAGCAGACGUUUGGAGAAUUUAGGAGCACCAAGUUUGGCCGCUGCCUCAGCCUGACUUUCAUAAUCCUGACGUGCGUGCUCGCCGUGAUCUGGCUGGUUGUCUUUGGCUUCACAGCCAUUCCUGUGCUCUUCUUCAUUAAUAUGAAAAGCUCAUGUCACAAAGUCAACAUUCUGUCGGAAACCACCAUGUUCAACCAGCAAGCAAGGGUCUGCAUGGAUGCACGGAUGUAUGGGUUUCUUCCCUGGAAUGCUCUGCCGGGGAUUGUUUGUGGAAACACACUGGCAAACAUCUGCAAAACACCAGAGUUCUAUGUGACCUAUGACCUUUACAUCUGUGCAUUCGCUGGAGCCGGAAUCACCCUUCUUGCCCUGUUAAUUUACGUGGUUGCCACCACCUACAACUACGCUGUUCUGAGGUUUCUGGGAAGGAAGGGAAUCCGUUUUUAGGUUCGGUGUUGCUAGGCCUGCUUUCCUGUCGCCUGUGGCAGCGGUUUCAGAGGUGUCAUCACUGUGGCCGGUGAGGAAACACAAAAGAGCUCCAUGAAGCCCCUGCAGAGUUCUAUCAUACAGAGCACAAACCACUGCUUUCAUGAGACAUAUUAGUAAAAAUUACACUAAGAUAGAUUUACCAAUGAAAAUACAACAAUUCAUUGAAGCACUACACAUAAAACCAAAACUACUGUACAGUGGAUCUCUGGAGGAGUGGAAUCUAACUUCUGUAUUUCUUCAUUUGUCUCCUCUCUCUCUGUCUUUGCUGCACACAUUAUUAUAUACGCUCAUGGCCAUUUAUUCAUUUUAAUGAUUGUAUUCAUUGUGCUUCAUGGUCUUAUUAAUGCCGUGCGGUUUGCCAGGAUUUUAGCCUCUGUCGUCUCUCUCUCACACACGUUCCAUCUUUUUAAGAGAGUUUGAGUGUGUUGAAUCCUCUUCAGUCAGAUGUGGGUGUUUUAUUCUGUGUGACACACAUGGAGAAACAGCGCUGUAGUGAACAGCUUUCUUUGUGUCAGUUUGAAUUCAGUAUUUACAGACAUUCUUUUGUGUGAUUUUAUGUUUGUGGGUGUAUUUGUUGUAUAUUUUGACUAACUGUGGCAACAUGCUGAACCUGAUCAAUGAUGGUGCUCGAUCAAAGGAACUAAUGUCUUUUUAAUAUUGUUCACUGACUGGUUUACUUCAGAAAACUACUAAUUAUUUCUACAGUAAGAUUGAUCAUUGUAAAUGAUAAAAAACAUGCAGAAUUCAGACUAAAGUGAAUUUACAUAAACUGUGUGUUGAAUAAACUUUAAUGAAAGCA